UUCCACAUUUGUGCAGUGUAUAGGCCAGAGUCCACAGUCUCACUUUUCUGUGCCAAAAGACAGAAGCAAGAUCCUAGCCCCAUGGCCAUAGGAGCUGCUGGUCUCAGGGGAAAGGAGGGAGAGUGGGACAGGGUGGUAGUCAGAAGGUUUGUUUGCCAAGUCAUUCUUCCCCGUCUAGACCCACUAAUCCUAUCGUCACAUGAGGACUGUGGUGUCCUGGCUCAAAUCAAAAUGAAAGCCUUCUUAUGUCUCCAGUAGGAAGUUGCUGUUGCUUGAGGAAGUGGGCAGGAAGGCACACCUGUGAUGGCUGGAAAAGCGGCAGCAUGCAUCAUGGGCUUCAGAGGGGCAUUAGCCCUGCGAGUCCCCCACCCUGCUCCCUUGCACACACUGUGGAGGAGUUUCUGAGCAGAUUGCAUUUACAGAUGUCUCAGUGGCCACUCAGCCAGUCUGUCUGCGCUGCUGACGCCGCAGUCCCUGUAUGGGACUCUGCUCAAGCAGCCUGUGUCUGGGUUGCUGCGCAGGAUGCCAACGUUUCCCCAGCUGUUCCUGUGAGGACAGUCGGUUGUCCUCUCCCCCUUCCUGUGUGCUCCCCUUCAUGCCAGGCUGCAAACUUUGCUUCUCCAUCAUCAGAGCAUCCUUCUGAAGCACUCUCCUCAGCUGGGAAUCGCUCCCUGACUCUUGUCGGGCAGGGUUAUAGGUCCUCUGCUUGUAAGAGAGAGCAGUCUUACAAAAUCUGAAUCUCCAGCUCUCAGAACAGUGGCAACAGAGCAGCAUCUGGAACUGAAUGGAUGCCUUAAUAGGCUGGUGAUGCCGAUUGCUAGCAUCGCGGCAGAGGCAGCCAAGGAAGAAGGCUUACAAUUGCUCUAGGUAAAUCACUGAGCAUCCAGGAGCAGCAGCCCUGCGAAGUGUAUGAUCCCACCAGGAGAGAAUUGACUGCAUUUCCAGGAAAGAACACGGAGGACAGCCCCAUGUGACCUGAAGAUGGAGUAGGAACAAAGGCAUCCCCCGUGAUUCUGAGCACCUUUCCCUGUGGACUCCAGCCCUAGCCAGAGGCUGCAUGUGGAGCUGAAGGCACUGACCUGUUACUUUCCUGAGAACCCCUUUCUCUCCUAAUUCAUGAGCCAGCAGGAUGCGGUCGCUGCGCUUUCAGAACGCCUGCUCAUAGCUGCGUACAAAGGCCAAGCAGAGAAUGUGGUUCAGCUCAUCAACAAGGGUGCCAAGGUAGCGGUUACCAAGCAUGGCCGGACCCCCUUGCACCUUGCUGCCAAUAAGGGUCAUCUCUCUGUGGUCCAGAUUCUGCUGAAGGCUGGCUGUGACCUCGAUGUGCAGGAUGAUGGGGACCAGACAGCCUUGCACCGGGCCACCGUGGUGGGAAACACUGAGAUCAUCACAGCGCUUAUCCGGGAGGGAUGUGCCCUGGACAGACAGGACAAGGACGGGAAUACAGCCCUCCAUGAAGCCGCGUGGCAUGGGUUUAGCCAGUCAGCCAAGCUGCUCAUUAAAGCAGGAGCCAACGUGCUUGCCAGGAACAAGGCAGGGAACACAGCUCUCCACCUGGCCUGCCAGAACAGCCGCUCCCAGAGCACACGCGUCCUCCUGCUGGGUGGCUCCCGGGCUGACCUCAAAAAUAACGCAGGGGACACCUGUUUGCACGUGGCUGCGCGGUAUAAUCACCUGUCCAUCAUUAAACUGCUCCUCAGCGCUUUCUGCUCUGUUCAUGAAAAGAACCAGGCUGGAGACACAGCCCUCCACGUGGCUGCUGCCCUAAAUCACAAGAAGGUAGUUAAAAUCCUGCUGGAAGCCGGCGCUGACACCACCUUUGUGAACAAUGCAGGCCAGACCCCGCUGGAGACUGCCCGCUACCACAAUAAUCCUGAAGUUGCUCUGCUCCUCACCAAGGCUCCCCAGAUCUUGCGCUUUAGUCGUGGGCGAAGCCUGAGGAAAAAAAGAGAGAGGCUCAAGGAAGAGAGGAGGGCCCAGUCUGUGCCCAGAGAUGAGGUGGCACAGAGCAAGGGAAGUGUCUCAGCAGGAGACACUCCCAGCAGUGAGCAAGCUGUCCCCCAAAAAGAGGAAGCUAGAAGAGAUUGCCCAUCAGCUUCCCAGGAGCCCAGAAAGAAUGACAGGAGGAGAAAGUCAAGGCCAGAGGCGUCAGCACUAUCUGACCCCACCCCAGCAGCAGACCAACAGCCUGGACACCAAAGGAACCCACACAGUCAUCACCACCCCAAAAAGAAGAGCAGACAUCGAUGCUGGUCCCCACCUCCGCCCCAUGGGUUCAGGGCGUACCAGCUCUACACACUGUACCGGGACGAGGACGGAAAAGUGAUGCAGGCACCAAUAAAGGGUUGUCGCUGUGAACCUCUAAUCCACAAGCUGGAGAACCAGUUGGAGGCGACUGUGGAGGAGAUAAAAGCCGAGCUGGGAUCGGUGCAGGAUAAAGUGAACACAAAGCUGGGACAGAUGGAGAGCAAGACCCAGCACCAAAUGUGUGUUUUGGACAAACUGAUGGUGGAGCGCCUGUCGGCGGAGAGAACAGAGUGCCUGAAUCGCCUGCAGCGGCAUGCAGCCGCCGAGAAGCAGGAGGGAGAGAAGCAGCAGAUGUCCUUGGUGGACGAAUUAAAAGCCUGGUGUAUGUUGAAGAUCCAGAAUCUGGAGCUGAGGCUUUCUGGAGAGUCUCGGACCUGUAGAGCUAAAUCCACACCAUCUCCUUGUGACUCCUCUCCAGCUGUAGACCAACCAGCGGUAGCUGCGGGGCCAGCGGCCGCUGCCAACAGCUCCUCUCAGGCUGUGAGGCCCAAGGACAAGGCAGUCAGGGCCACUGCUGCCCAGAGACGACAGCAGCAGGAGCAGCUUCCCUCGGACUGCACAGGCCCCCGGUUGAGGAAGGGCAAGGCCCAGGCAGCCUCCUGCCCCUUGACUGGGGCUCCCAAGUGUGAGCCGCAGACUGGCGCCUGUGUCAACAAAGGCACUCAAACCAAGAAGUCUGCGAGAAGCGGGCAGACCAAGCAUCGGGACCAGCAGCCAACAGCCAGCAGCCCCUGUGGGCAGCAGCCGUCAGCAGCAGGCAGUGAUAGUCGAGAUGCCUCGCAAGCCCUGGAGCUAACCCAGUACUUUUUUGAGGCUGUUUCCACCCAGAUGGAAAAAUGGUAUGAACGGAAAAUUGAAGAAGCACGAAGCCAGGCCAGUCAGAAAGCCCAGCAAGACGAGGCCACACUGAAGGAGCACAUCAGAAGUCUGGAGGAGGAGCUCGCCAAGCUGCGGACCAAGGUGCAGAAGUAACACCCGGACCUCGAGGUGAAGCAAUGGGGUUUCUGCUUGGGGACAGCAAAUCCCUGUGUCCCAGGAGCUGGUGAUCAGGCACAAGGUGGAACUGCCUCUGAAAAAGUCACUAAUCUGUUGUGGACACACACUUCUGUGCUCUGAAGUUACAAGGACUUCACUAGUCCCACUGAAUCCCGGGAAGGAAGCUUGAGGAGGUGCAGGCCUCACUCCUAAGUCUGAACUUCAGGCCAGGUUCAUAAAAGGCAAGCCACACCAAGAAGAGAAGGUACGUGCCGAAGUCUAAGAUUCAGUGAUCUGAAGUAUGUCCGAAGCAAAGAUUACUCUCUGGGAACUCUGCAAGUGGUCAUUCACAUCCACAUCAACACACCUGCUGUGCCUAGACGGUCCUAGCAGAGCCAGGACUCAGUUGCAGGAAGCCCUUUUUCUCCCUUGUAACUCUCAAAUGCUCAUCUUUUAACUCGGUGAAAAUCAGAUUUUGAGAGGAAAUACAUUUUAUGGAUCUCAGUGUCCAGUAUGUCUUAAAAUAAUUUUGAAGGUCAUGUAAAUAAGGAGUAAUAUUGCUGACUGGAAAUGUUUGUCAAAUGAGAAAAGUUUAAACCACUGGUCAAUUACUGUGUUUUUAGCCAAAAUAACUGAGCUGAUUACUGGAAAAACAUUCAUGAACCAACUCCAGCCAGUUACUUUAGACUGCCUUUCUGAAUUCAAGACCUUUGUUCUGUAUUUUGUAAAGAAUUAAGGCAAUUUCACGGAAGUUUAAUUUUGAAUUGACUUCUCUCACCGAAGAACAUCAAGGGAAAUAACUAACUUGACAUCAGAAUACUGAAUAUAAUGUACCAGACUGAGGCAGUGAAGACAUUAGCCAAGACCUUGGAUUUCUCUUGAAAUCCUUUGGAUCAUGGAUCUUAUCAGUCUCCACAUGCUCCACGUAUGCACAGAAAUUGAGUCUAUUUCCCUAAGCCUAAGAACCUAGUAACUACUGUCCAUGACUUGUGACUAAAAUGCUGUUCAUUGAGCCAAAGAGAAGUGAUGAUCUUUCAGUAAUAGUAUGCAUUUAGCCCUUUGUCAAGCCAAGGUUUUGUUUUUCCUUGUAAUGACAGUCCAAGGAUAUAGACAUUUGUGUAAAAGUAACAGGGCAGAUAUUUUGAAUACAGAAUCCAGUGAGUCGUUA